AUGGAAGAAAACGUAAACCUUGCUUCUGGCACUAUCCUCCCAAUUUCCGAAAUCACCGUUCUUACAAUUCUUGUAUUUGUAUUAGUUGUGAGUCGCGGUGCAAGUCUUUUCUACUCUAGAUACGUACAAAAUGCAGCGUUACAAAGCAACAAGAACGUGACGCUUGUGGUGUUGGGUGAUAUUGGACGGUCACCGAGAAUGCAGUAUCACGCAUUGAGUUUUGCUCGGAAUGGCUGGCAUGUUGAUUUUGUAGGAUAUGACGGCGCGACACCAAUGACAGCUAUCACGGACAACAAGAACAUUAAAAUUCAUUAUAUUUCUCAUCCAUGGCGUCUUCCUGAAUUUUUCCCAAAGAUAUUGUUUUUGCUAUAUGCACCGAUAAAAGUUUACGCACAAAUAUUAACAUUGUAUUGGACGCUCUUGUGGCGUAUCGAGUCGCCAAAUUUUGUGUUAACUCAGAAUCCACCUGCUAUCCCGACUUUACUUAUUGUACAAUUUGUUGUUUGGCUUCGACAAACGAAUUUAAUUGUUGAUUGGCACAAUUUCGGGUAUACAAUUCUAGGACUUCGACUUGGGCAAAAUAGUCGAGUUGUCAAAUUUGCAAAAUGGCAUGAAAAAGUGUGGGGUAGUAGAGCUGUUGCUCAUUUGACAGUAACGGCGCUUAUGCACCGCGAAUUGCUAUAUAAAUGGGAUGUUCAAGGCAAAGUUGCUACUCUAUACGAUCGACCACCCCAACAUUUCAGAAGAUUAGAACUUGAUGAAAUUCACGAGUUUUUUUCAAGAAACCAACUGGAAGAUAUUAUAACAUUACAAUCUACCGGUUCUUCCACGUUCUUAACAGCCUCUUCUAACGAUUCUUCGACUUUACUCACCUACAAACCAUCGCCACAAGAACCCGCGCGAUUUAGAUCAGAUCGACCAAUUUUGAUAGUUAGCAGUACGAGUUGGACGGCAGAUGAAGACUUUUCGAUAUUGCUGCGGGCAGCACAAAAAUUCGAUGAGAUUGCUGAGAGCGAUGGUGCUAAGAAAUUUCCAAAGUUACUUUUUGUUAUAACUGGAAAUGGACCCUUGAAAGAAAAGUAUACACAGGAUAUUAGUCGGAUACCAUUGCAACAUGCGAGAAUUGUAACUACUUGGCUGACAGCAGAGGAUUAUCCAUUAUUAUUAGGAUCAGCAGAUUUAGGAAUUUCUCUGCAUAAGUCCUCGUCGGGGAUGGAUUUGCCCAUGAAAGUGGUCGAUAUGUUUGGGUGUGGAUUACCUGUUUGUGCGGUCAAUUUCCAAUGUCUUGAUGAACUAGUACGUCAUAAGAAAAACGGUUUGAUAUUCAAUGAUGCAGAAGAAUUGGCUAAACAGUUGACUGAUUUAUUUGCCGAUUAUCCUAUGAAUGCUUCGGAACUAGAAAGUAUGCGCGAAAAUUUAAAAGAGUUCCAAAAAGAACGAUGGGAUGCUAAUUGGGAUCGUGUGGUCUUGCCAAUAUUACAAGAUGAAUAA